UCCUCAACCUCCAUUGUUUCAAACAUCAUAUCCUUCCAUAUCAUCCAACUUUGAGUAUAACAUUUUGCUCUCCUCUCUACUUCUCUUCAAGAUCCAGUAAUAUCACAUGGCUGAGGUUAUGCUACCGAUGAAAAUGGAGAUGGCUAACGCUCCUUCCAAGUUUAAAUCACCUGAUCUUCUUCAUGUUCUCGCCGUCGACGAUAGCCACGUUGAUCGGAAAUUCAUAGAGCGCUUGCUCAAAGUCUCUUCCUGUAAAGUUACUGUUGUUGAUAGUGCCACAAGAGCUUUGCAAUACCUUGGACUGGACGUAAACGAGAAACCCGUUGGUGUUAAGGAUUUGAAAGUUAAUUUGAUUAUGACGGAUUACUCUAUGCCCGGAAUGACUGGAUAUGAACUCUUGAAGAAAAUCAAAGAAUCCUCAGCUUUCAGAGAUGUGCCUGUGGUGGUUAUGUCCUCUGAGAACAUUUUGCCUCGUAUUGAUAGAUGUCUUGAAGAAGGUGCUGAAGAUUUCUUAUUGAAACCUGUAAAACUCUCGGAUGUAAGAAGAAUAAGAGAUUCUCUGAUGAAAGCUGAAGAUCUAUCUUUCACGAAGAGUGUUAACAAGAGAGAGCUAGAAACAGAGAAUGUCUACUCUUUGGAUUCAACUGUUCCCUCACAACAGCUCAAACGCACAAAGAUCUGAGCUUACUCCAAAGCAGACCCCCAUGACAUGGGCUUAAAAAGGCUUAAUCACCUAUACAAUUUUCCACCCCUUGCGUCUUCUUUUUUGCUGAGUAAAACUCUCAGUGUUGACAGAGAAACAGGGCUUAUUCACAUGACUGUUAGAGAUGUAAAUGGUAGAGAUAAACCACAAAACUAUUGUAUUAUUAUUCAUUAGAGAUGUCAUGUUUUUUUCUUCUUACAAGAGAUUGUAAGCUGGUUUUAUGAAAGUUGGCUAAUCAUAAAAAAUAAUCAGAAGUUUCCUCUA